AUGGCAGCAGAAGCAAGGAAAGCGUUGGAGGCCUUAAUGGGAGCCGAGGCACUAGGCGGUGUUCCAGAUCAUAUGAAAUACGAUGACGAAAAAAAAAUGGAUCUCGGAGCAUGCCCAAAAAUUCAUUCAGAAAGAUUAAAAUCCGAAUAUGAAGAAGCAAAAAAAAGAAAGGAAUGUGAUUAUGAAGCUGAAUUUGAACGUAAUCUUGCCACUUUUGUUGCAGAAUGCGAUCGUAAAAUUGCAAGUGCACAAAAACGUUUGGAUAAAACACCAGAAGAUAGCGCCAAAGUUACACAAUUGAUGAAGGAGAUCGAAAAUUUAGCAACCGAAAUAUCGGAAUUGACUAAAGAAGUAGAAGUUCUGGGUGAAGAAGGCAAAGUUACUGAAUCAAUGAAAUUAUUGCAGGAUGUUGAAGAUAAAAAAGCUUUAAAGAUAGAGAAAGAAAAAGAGCACAAAAAUUCGGCAGAAGGUAACGGUCCAUCGCAACAACAAAAGUUGCGUGUUUGUGAAGUGUGUAGCGCUUAUUUGUCUAUUUUUGAUUCGGAUAGACGGUUGGCCGACCAUUUUGGUGGAAAAAUGCAUCUUGGAUAUUUGAAAAUACGAGAAUUAUUAAAAGAACUUAAAGAAAAGAAUAAAGAUCGUGGUGGUGAUUCUAAAGAUGGACGAAGUUACCAUGAUCGUGGUGACAGAGACCGAGAUCGGGGAUAUGAACGUGAUCGACACAGAGACUACCGUGGUGGACGCUAUGAUUAUGACCGACGUUCAUACGAGAGACGUUCACGAUCAAAGUCACCAGAUAGACGAUAUAACAGAAGGCGUUCACGUAGUCCAACAAGGAGGAGGCAUUGA